AUGGAAUUCUUAAGCAAUAUAUAUGAUAAAGUAUUAUCUGGUUAUGUAUUUACUGACGUAUUUAUUUAUAAAGAUUGGCCAGAAAAAUUUUUAGGAAAAGAUAUUAAAAAUAGUAAUGAUUCAAAAAUUUUGAAUGAAAAUCAAGAGAAUAUAAAAGAAAAUUUAGAAGAAAUAUUAGGGACAUUUUUAAAAAAUGGGAAAUUUUCGGAUUCCCUUUGGAUAAGAGAUAAGAUAUUUAUAGGAGAUGAAGGGAUUUGUCUUUUAGGAGAAAUUUUAACUAUAUGCCAGAUAGUAGAGUUUAUAGAUUCAGAAGAUAUUAAAGAAGUAAAAUGUAAUGAUCAGUUUAAAAAUAAAAUUUUAGAAAAAUUGAAGAGAAAAAUAGUUAAAAAAAGAAAUAGUGAUAUUUUAGAAGAAAAAAUAAAUUCCAAUAUAGCUAUUUGCAAUAGUAAUGAUAAUUCAGAUGAAGAAGAUAAUAAUGAACAUAUUGAUGAGGAUGAAAAUAAAAAUAAUGAUAAAAAUGCUGUAUCUAAUUUUGUUGAAAUGCUCAGUGAAGGAAAAAUGAAUAAAUAUGGCUUUUGCGAAUAUGAUCAAAAAUUUAAUGACAGAUAUCAUUUAAAUAAUAGUAAUGAUGACGAUUCUUCUUCUCCUUUAGAAAGAUGUAUAUUAAAAUUAUCAGAAGAUUUUCGUCAUAAAUAUAUAUGUUUAUUACUCAACACUGGUGGAAGACAACAAGUACGUAUAUUACGAUUUAAUAAAAAUUGUGUAAAUACCAAUAAAUUAUUAGAUACACUGAAAGGGACAGUAGCUUUUUUAAAUGAAUUGCGGUUUUUAUUUAAGCAUUUCAGAUCGCAAGUAGUUUUAAAAAAUAGAAUAUGCCGCGAAUUUUAUGCUUAUAUUAAGUUUCAUAGAGGAGACCCCAAUUUUAGUGGAACAAAAGCAAUAAAUGAAUUCUUUAGUUCUUUAAAUGAUAAUGCUGUCGAACCUUUAUUUCUCGGAUUAAAUGAACAGUAUUUGAAUUUGUUAGAAGAAGCAAUAUCUUACUGUCCUAUUGCAACAUAUUCAUUUUUUAAAAAUAUAAAGCUUCUUAAAAAAAUAAAUGUAAAUGCUCCUAGACGUACAUGGAAAGCAGUAUGCAAUUUACAAAAGGUAUAUAAAAAUUUAAAAAAAUUAAAGGAAAAAUUAUCCUUAGAAGAAACAAAAAGUAUUUCUGAUGAAUUUAGAUGUUCUUCUAUUAUUAAUCCUUCAAAAGAUGAAGAUUUAGUUAAUAAGAAUAACGACGUAAAGCUGUCAGCACCUCAAGGUAAUAUAAAUUCUAAUGAAAUAAAAUUGUUUUAUAGAAAAGAACUAAUAUAUAAUAAUAAUAUUAAUAAUAAUACUAAUAAUAUUACUACUACUAAUAAUAGUAAUAAUAAUAAUAAUAAUAUUAAUAGUAAUGCUAAUUAUAUUAAUAAUAACAAUAUUAAUAGUAAUAAUAAUAAUAAUAAUAAUAAUAAUAAUAAUAAUAAUAAUAAUAAUAAUAAUAAUAAUAAUAAUAAUGAUAAUAAUAGUAAUAUUAAUAAAAAUAACAAUAACAAUAAUGAUAAUAACAAUGUUAAUAGUAAUAAUAAUAAUAAUAUAAAUAAUAAUAUUUGUAUAUCUAAAGAAUGUAGUAGUAUUAUUAUAUGCAAUGACAAAAAUAAUAAAGAUUUAUUUUCUGAUAAUAUAGAUAAUAAAGAAUAUUACGAUAAAAUGUAUAAUAAUUCAUUAGAUUUAUGUACAGAAGAAAAAAUUUCUAAAAGUUAUGAGAUAAAUAAAUUAAAUGACACUUGUUUAUAUAUUACUUCAGAUGAAGAAUCAUUACAAAUAGGAAAAAAUAAUUUAAAUUCUGGCAACGAAUUAGAUGAAACAAAUCAAACAAUAGACGAAAAUAACAAAACGUUGUUAGAUGAAAGUAACAAAUCAGUGAUAGAAGAUAACUAUAAAACUGCAGAGGAAAUCGAUAAGAUAGUAAAUCAAAAUAGGUUAGCAAGAGAGAAUUCAAUAGAUGAUCUAAGGGUUAAUAUGGUUAAAUUAUUCAAAACAUAUGGUGGCCAAUGUCGUAUUGGAAAAGUGCAAGGAAGAUGUGAAGAUGCUACUUUUCAAACAGACGUUCCACCUGCCUUUGGAAUUUUUGAUGGUGUGGGUUCAUGGAGUUUAGAAGGGAUAGAUGCAUCAAAAUUUUCUAUUGGUUUAUCCUUAGCUUGCCAAAGAGAAGCAGAAAAAUUAUCAAAAAAUUUGAAUGGUUAUGCUAGAGUAUCUUACAAUACUAUAAUUAGAUCUAAAUUAUUAUUAAAAAAUUCUCUUGAAAGUGUAAAAAAAGAAUAUGCUGAUGCCUAUGGUAGUUCUACAGCUAUAGUUGGCAUAUUAGAUGAAUAUACAGGAAAGUGUGGUAUAUCAUCUUUAGGAGAUAGUGUAUGUAUGAUAUUACGAAGGGAAUUUUUACCAGGAGAUAUUAAUUUUGAAAGAGAAUCAUAUCCCAAAUUUCCUGGAGAAUCAUUUUUAUAUUUUAAUGGUAAAGGACGAAAUCCUUCCUUAAUUAGAAAAAUUAUUUGGAAAACUAGUGAUCAAAAAUGGGAGAAUGGUGCACCUUAUCAGUUAUCAAAUUUGCCAGACAGAAGUCAAUGGAAAGAUUUAGAAGAUAGAGGAUUGCAUAGUUUUGUGAGAAUUUUAGAAAAAGUUGACAUAGAUGGAGAUUCUCCAGAUAUGGCAUUAUCUCCUCCUUCUGAAAUUUUAUGUAUGCCAGGAGAUUUAAUAUUAUUAAUGAGUGACGGCGUGAGUGAUAAUUUAUUUGAUGAAGAGAUAGAAGCUUACUGCACUUUUGCUAUUAGCCCAGAGGAAGCUUGUGAGUUAGGAGAUCCAAGUGUAUUUACUCCUGCUCAAGAUAUAGCUUAUUCUAUUACUAAUAUAGCUAAAAGAAGAAGUGGAGAUAAAAUCCAUUGUAAACCUUUUUAUCCUUUCGUAGGAAAAUAUAGAGAGCCAAACAAGGUUUAUAAAGGUAAUAAAGUAGAUGAUAUUUCAUGUGUAGCUAUAUGGGUAGUUUGCGAAACAGAGGAUAGUGUGAAAGAUUUUGUAAAGAAUCCUAAUGAACCUUCCACCUUAGAAACAGAUAAAUAUUACAGCAAUAAUUUUAUCCAAAAUUUUAAUAAACUUACGGAUAUGUGUACUCCAACUAAAGCUUUCAUUAAAGAAAAAAAUAAGAUUGAUCGUGUAAACUUACAAAAGGUAAAUGUAGUACCUAAAAAAAAUACAGCACCUGAACAAUAUGGAGAACAGAAUAGUGAAAAUACUUCCAAUUGCCAAUUUGCUAUGAAUUUUUUUGAUACUUCAGAAACUCCCAUAAAAUUCAACAAAGCAUCAGAGAAUAAAUUUCAAGACUUAAGUGAUAUUGUACUGAAAGAUGAAGAAGAUGGAAGUGAUAAUAAAAGUGAUAGCAAUGAUAAUGAACAAAUAAAUAAGGAAGAAAAAUAUGAAUCCAAUAAAUUAAAUGAAGAUAGUGAUCAAGUAAAAUCAAAAAAAAAUAGUAAUAUAAAAAACAAGUAUGACGAUAAAGGUUUUGUAGGAGAUGAGUUUGAUCAUACUCCUAGACAAAAAAUGUCAAGUGAUAAUCUAAAUGAGCAAAUAGAAAAAAUAAAUAAAAUGUAUAUUAAAACACCUUUAUUGUUGUCGGAUAAAAUUUUUAAAAUGAAUAAGGAAAAACAAAAAAAAAACUCUAAUUCUAAUAAAUGCAAAAUGCAAAAGCAAAUGCAACAAGUUAUACCAGAUACUCAUUAUGAAACUCCUAUAAAGCAAAUGCCUAUAAAGGAGAAACAUAAUGUAGAUAUGUCUAUUAAAGAAAAUCCUUUAAUGAAUGAAUUUAUCAAUAAUGAAACACCUAUCAAAAUAAAUAAUACUAAAGAAACCUCAUUAAAAGUUGAUAAAAAAAUUAUAAAAGCUAAGAGGAAAUCUAUGUUUAGUAGUGAAAAAAAAGAAACACCCAGUAAAAUGAGUUAUAUGAGAAAGCGUAGUAAAAAAGGAUAA